AGAAUCCAAGAUGGCGGAUGAGUGAAGAAGGAACUUGGUGGUUAUUUGUGCCCAAUUUCUUCUACGAAACAAGAACUGUUUCACCUAUACAGGUUGGUAUGGUUUCAGCAUGCAGUCAUUUUCAACAAAAUGUCUUGGAUUGAGACUCCAUCCUUUUAGUGUUCAAUAUCAGUGUCCUCUGUCUAGUGUAUCUUCCCGAUCUUACAGUUCAAAGGACUCCAAAACACAUUAUGAGGAAUUAGGAUUACCUGAAAAUGCAACCACUGCAGAAAUAAAGAAAGCAUUUAUAAGCAAAUCUAAAGAACUUCAUCCAGAUGUUAAUCCUUUAGACCCAGAUCUUCAUAAAGCAUUUGUAAAGAUCAGUGCGGCAUACAACACUCUCAGCAAUCCAACAAGCAGAAGAAAUUAUGAUAUGAAACUGAACAGUUAUUCAGCACCAUCAAGUAGUUAUUCUUAUUCUGCUGGAAGUCCAUUUGGAACUAGAAAUGCUUCACACUAUUAUAAUAACCACAACAGAUGGCAUGAAUCCAAUAAAUUUCAUAGGACACCAGUGAGACAAACCCCAUUGAGAAAUCCUUACAACAAGUAUGUGGUAGCAGGAGUUCUUGUUUUUAUGUUCACUGGAGCUGUGGUGCACUAUGUCAUCUUCAGCUUUAGACAUCAAAAGUAUAAGGCUCAUGUUGAAGAGGCAAGUCGGAAAGCCAACUUGGCAUAUGCUGAAUCCAAGGAAAGAGCAAGAUCCAAUGGUGUCCGGAAACAGCUUGAUUUGCUAAUGGCACUUCAUGCUCAGCCAGCAAGCAGCACCUUGCAACACGUCAGUGAAGUUUCAAAUGACAGCGAAAAGAAUACCUAAAGUUUAGUUGCAAUAUUUUAGAUGCUAGACUUAUAGAAUGGACUACUUCAACGAAACUAUGAAGCUUUGUUACAUAAAUGGCGUCAAUUGACAUUUAUGGUUUGCAAUAAGACAAUUUAACAACUGAUGAAUUAAAAUUAGUGAACAGUUCCACAACUGAGUAAAUUUAUCAAAUAUCAAAUAGUUCCUUGUUGGUUGUUGUCACAUUCAUAAUAAUUUGUCUUAUCAACCAUAGAUUUAAUAAAUAUGUUGGGCUGUCGCAUCGUCCAAGUAGUCAAUUUAUGAUUUUUUAUAUUUUACGUUUAUAAGUGCUCACUAUAGUCUCAAAUGUGAAUUUAACCAAUGAUGUAGGCAUAUGUACCCUUUCCUAGACUGAGAAUAUUUAACAAGCCUUCCGCAUCCAGCCCAGGGGUAACCCUCAGUGGUAACUCUAGCAAGGUUGGUCACUAUGACACAGCACAAUCUUUAGUGUUUAUUAUAAUGUUUUAUUACUAAGUUUGAAAUAAAUCCUCAAUUAAGAAUGUAUUAUAUAUAUGACUUAAAUUAUUUUGUAACAGAAUUUGUGGGAGUGAAUAAAGUACAAAUCUAAAUAUGCAAA